UUCAUGGAAUCCUAAUAUUUUAUAAUAGAUUCUUGAUAUAUCAUACUAUUUCUAUAUUAGUGAUUGAUAUCACCAUGUUUGGAUUUGGGAAAAAGCAGUCAUUGGAUGACUCAAUAUUUCAACUUCGAUUUACUGCGAAGCAAUUGGAAAAAUCAGCAAGCAAAUGUGAAAAAGCUCAAAAUGUUGAAAAAAGGAAAGUCAUAAAGGCAAUCAGUGAAAAAAGAUUAGAUUUUGCACGUCUGUAUGCAGAGAAUGCAAUAAGAAAGAAAAAUGAAAGUUUAAAUUACCUUAGACUUGCAUCAAGGCUAGAUGCUGUACAAUCAAGAAUUAAAACAGCUCAAUCAAUGAAUCAAAUAACAAAACAAAUGACAGGAGUUGUAGCUGGGCUUGACAAAGCUAUGAAGUCUAUGAAUUUAGAACAGAUAUCACAAAUUAUGGAGAAAUUUGAAUCACAGUUUGAAGAUUUGGAUGUUCACUCAAAGGUUUUGGAAGAUUCAAUGGGAUCCGCAACAACAGUCUCAACGCCACAAUCACAAGUAGAUGCAUUAAUACAACAAGUUGCCGAUGAAAAUGGCUUGGAAAUGAUAUCUCAGGUCGAUCAAGCUCCCAUUGGUGAAGGCUCCCUCAGCUCGCAAGCACAGGCUUCAACUUCUGCUGAUGCAGAUUUAGAAAGAAGAUUACGGGCGAUGAGAAACUAAAAUUUGACAACAAUAAACUUACUGUUUCAUUUGUACAACUACAAGAAUUGGCUGUGAUUCCGUCCAUGUAAGAUGAACUGCUGGCCGAUAUUUAUAGGAAAUAUAUGACUAAUUGCGUAUGUAUUCCACAGCUCCAAUCAUGGCGCUCUUCUGCAACCUAAAUUCUUCCCAUUUCUAUCAACUAGAAGUAAUGAGUGACUCUGGAGUAGGCUGUUCGUGCUUUUUACCCUGAUAUUAGCAUCCACGAGGUGGCUAAGAGAGUGUCAAUUGAAGUCAGAUACGACCCCUGUCAUUCAUUACCUAGAGAAAUUUCCCAGUAUGCCAAUAUGCACUUUUGCUACUAAUUUACUGCACAUGUGUUUUAUGUAUAGUCCUGGGCCACGAGGCCACAUUUAUAAAUGAACUCGUACGUAUUUAGUAG